AUGGUUUGGAUAUUACGAUGCAUGUUAUUGGCAUAUUUAUUUCUGACGGUGACUGCAGAGGCAUCCCCAAAGGUUACUUUGAAACUUCUCGUCGAAGAUGGCACCGAAGCAACAAAUUCCUCGUCGAUUAACCUGGUCAAAAUGCCGAGUAAUCUGGUGUUCCGUGUACGACGGGACCAUGAAGUGGCAGUUCUACGUUUAAGAAGGAUACCUCUUCUGAAAACAACAGCCUAUAGAGAAGGUGAAAGCUUCCCUUUAACUCAUACCAGAGAGGAUAAAGCCAGUUAUGCUGACUACAGCACCAAAGCUGUUCUUUUAGUUACAAGAGCUCCAACCUCGUCCGCUAAAUACACUUUGGACGGGCACUUUCAGAUUGGUUUGCGAUUGGUGCACAUAGAACCUACUUCUGACGGAGUCCAUGAAAUAACUCGACAAGAGACUUUGGUACAAAGAUUCCAAGAUAUGUCACAAGAACACAACGCACAUCAUAGGUACAAAAGAUCACUGAGGACGUACACUGUGGAGACUUGUCUCAUUGCGGAUUACCAGGCCUUUUCUAAGUAA